AUGUCUGGUGACGUGUCUCAGUGUGUCCCAAUGUCUGGUGAUGUAUCUCAGUGUGUCCCAAUGUCUGGUGAUUUAUCUCAGUGUGUCCCAAUGUCUGGUGAUGUAUCUCAGUGUGUCCCAAUGUCUGGUUAUGUAUCUCAGGGUGUCCCAAUGUCUGGUGAUGUAUCUCAGUGUGUCCCAAUGUCUGGUUAUGUAUCUCAGGGUGUCCCAAUGUCUGGUGAUGUAUCUCAGGGUGUCCCAAUGUCUGGUGACAUGUCUCAGUGUGUCCCAAUGUCUGGUGAUGUAUCUCAUUGUGUCCCAAAGUCUGGUGAUGUAUCUCAGUGUCUCCCAAUGUCUGGUGAUGUAUCUCAGUGUGUCCCAAUGUCUGGUGAUGUAUCUCAGUGUGUCCCAAUGUCUGGUGAUGUGUCUCAGUGUGUCCCAAUGUCUGGUGAUGUGUCUCAGUGUGUCCCAAUGUCUGGUGAUGUGUCUCAAUGUGUCCCAAUGUCUAGUGACGUGUCUCAGUGUGUCCCAAUGUAA